GUCCCGUGUGUUUUCCUAUGCUGAUUGGAACUCUCCUCGUGUCCUCCCUUAGCCUACUUGGAAUAGUUUCUCCCGUACCCGGGGCAACGCAGCACAAUAAGCCCCAGCGGUGCACCGAACGUGCGGAGUGUUUUCGCAGCCUGCGCGCCCGGCGGGAAUCCCUAGCGCGCGGGAGGGCGACGCGGAGCCUAGUUGCUCCUGCAGCGCAGUAAAUCCGGACCGGAGCUGGGACGAUCUGAUCUUGGUUGUCGGAUCAGGUGCCCUUCGGAGAAGCGACUUGUUCCUCGCAGACACCAGUAAGCUUUUGCUAUAAACGAAGCAACAAGAAAGAAACUUUUGAUGUUACCACCAUAAGAAGCAACCAUGCCUAUAGAAGGAGGAAAAACAGAUAUGGAGAGGAUUGGCCUCUUCAGUGAGAUGGAAUAUAUUACUGUUGGUGAUAAAUAUGUGUCACCAUUUAAUCGACCCUUUAAUGAGGCUGCAAGCAAAAAUAGACAGAUUCUACCUGGGGGAACCAAAGAAAUGUCAAAUCUCCAGGCAGGUUAUUUUGAUCCCCAAUUUGCAAGGAUUUUUGAAGGCGAAGGCUAUGUAAAUCUAAAUCAAGUGAGAAGACGGCAUAUGAUGGAAGAAGCCAAAAAAAAUCUUGCCAAAGCCUUUCUCCCCAGUAGUGGAGAUAAAAAACCAUAUGGACUAGGAAGCUACUAUGGAACAAUAGGUGGUCCAGUCCCAUCCUUCAGUGCACAGGCCAAACCCAGGGAACAAUAUAUGCCACCUGGAAAGAAUUUAUACACAAACCCAGGAAAGAAAGGAACCGGAUAUGGCUAUGCAAAUAUUACCAUAGGUAAACUUUCACACUCUUCUGAUUUAUAUGAUGCAGCAAGACAAAAUUUUAAG